AUGAGGGAAAUCAAGAGGUCGGAUCAGGGAAUAUUUUGCAAAUUUCAGGAGAGAUUCCUGCUUUUCUUGUGUCUUUGUGUCCCCAUGAUGGAAGCCAUCCAUCCGGACUGCGCCAUCAUUGCUCAGCACCUGAGGGCUCGUGAGAUUUGUAGCCAAGCAAGAAGCAGAGAAGUUCAGAACCAGACUGCGCACGGCGGUUGCCAGACGGAAUGGGAUGAAAUCGGAUGUUGGUUGAGAGCUGAUGUGGGGCAGGUGGUCAACGUGUCCUGCUCUGAUGUAUUUCAGCAUUACUCAAGCGGUCACGGGUUUGUUUUCAGGAACUGCACAGCAAGCGGCUGGUCGGAUAUUUUUCCGCCCUACGAAGAAGUCUGUGCAUUUAGAGAUGACAGCAGCCCAGAAACAGAGACCAGUUACCUAUCCACCUUUAGACAAGUGUACACUGUUGGCUAUGCCACCUCACUCAUCUCCCUUGUAACGGCCGUUGUGGUGUUCACCGCCUUCAGGAAGUUCCACUGCACCAGGAACUACAUCCACAUCAACUUGUUCUCCUCGUUUAUCCUGAGGGCUAGCGCCGUUUUCAUCAAAGACACAGUGUUGUUUGCUGACGAAACGCUGGACCACUGCUCCGUGUCUACGACGGCGUGCAAGUCGGCAGUGGCGUUCUUCCAGUUCAGCAUCUUGGCCAAUUACUUUUGGCUGUUGGUGGAGGGCAUGUACCUGCAGACCCUGCUGGCGCUCACCUUCGUCUCCCAGAGGAUGUACUUCUGGUGGUACAUCCUGAUUGGAUGGGGACUCCCGUCAACUAUUCUCAUCCUUUGGGUGCUUACCAGAUUCUUCUAUGAUGACAGAGGUUGCUGGGAUGACACAGACAACGUUGCCAUUUGGUGGAUUAUUAAAGGCCCAAUAACGGCUUCGUUGCUGGUCAACAUCGUCAUCUUUGUCAACGUGAUCCGCAUCCUGGUGCAGAAACUCAAAUCUUCCGCCAUGUCCGGAAACAACGACAGUGGGCAUUUUAUAAAGCUGGCAAAGUCCACGCUUUUCCUUAUCCCGCUGUUCGGGAUGCAUUAUACCGUUUUCGCCUUCUUGCCCGAGAACACGGGCGUGGCCGCUCGGCUCUACAUUGAAUUGGGCCUGGGGUCCUUCCAGGGCUUCGUAGUGGCUCUGCUUUACUGUUUCAUGAAUGGAGAGGUGCAGGCGGAACUGCGGCGGUGGUUAUGGAAGUGUCACAACCAAAGUCAGCGCACGCCAGCCAAGCGAAGCCUUAGUCAGGUUAGUAUGGGAGCACGCGGAGGGCUGCGCCGGACCCCCUCCACCGGAAUUGUUUCUACUGUAUGA